AGUCAAAAGAAUCGGGGUCGCAAGGGGUCCAAAUCACCGAUUUGUUAUAAUAGAUGCAUCCACGACGGAAUUCUUUGCGUGAAUGGGUCGACAACACAGCGCGAAAUAAUAGCACCAUUCGGAUCAAUGUGAUUAGAUGUGAGGUUGACACAAAGACCUGCUGCUGAUUCAACAAUUGUGGCUCAAAAGCAACGAUCACCCGUUAGUGAGCAAUCAAGUGGUGGGCCACAAAAGGAGCUUGUUGAUGACCCAAAUGAGCAGUGGCUAGUGGAUCCUCUUUGAUGAAGGAGUAAAAGAGUUCAGUUUUUCGCCAAAAAUCUCGGCAGUCAACAACUAAAAUAAUAUUUCACCCCAAGAUUCAAAGGUUUAUCUCUUGCGAUCGAUUUACUCAAAUAGAGGAUAACGUUUUUCUUGUCAGAGUAGAAUCUUCAUUGAGCUUGGUGUACAGACCUAACAGGACACUUCCAUCUGAUCUGGAAAAGAAAAACUUUUACAAGUUUUCAUCGAUUUCUUUUUCUGGGUCGUCCCAAUGGGUGAAGGUCUCUGUGGCAUUGCAUGGCCAGCGUCACAGGGAAGCUUUGUUUCUGCUUUCUUCGAUCGAUAUAGAUUUUCGACAAACUCGCUUCGCCUGGAUGAUCUGAAAGGUCGUUAUCAGAUCAAGGGGUAACUUUCCAAGAGACGGACAUUCAUCUAGUUAGCUAUUCAGUAUAUACCCAGUAAACAUAUCGAUAACAAAAUGUGUCUUAACUUCUAAAGUUUUUUUUGGAGGGGUAAAAACCAAACUUGAUGUGCGCAGAAGAAAAUGAAUUCUAUGAACGUUGCUGGAUUUAUAUUCAAAAUAAAUGUAUGAGUGAUGAUAUAUUUUGCCAUUUUAUUCGAGCAUCUCUUUAUGAAGAGUUUUCAACGGCGGUAUAAAACAUAUUUUCUACACGAUGUCGUCAAUGGACGCAUCAACUUCUGGAACAGCUCGAAGUCAAAACUCAAGGAACCAUGGAAUACUAUAUUUGUGACUACAACAUAAGGGAAGCAUGGACUAUGACUGGAAGUAAACUACUGGUAUGCAAGUGAUAUGUUGACGACAAUAAUCUGAUAAUGUCUGAAUCAGUUUUCAAAAUGUCACCGAGGAACAGACCGGGAAGUGGUUCAACUUCGGAUGGUGAACUAGGCCGCUUUAGAAAGGACUCGUCCACAGCGAGCCAACAUUCGAAUGAUGACUUACACGAUCUACCACCAAUCAUCGGGGCUCCAAACAGCACGGUAGCAAACCGAUAUGCCAUGGAAAACCAGGCAAAUUGCACGCAAGCCCAGGGACAGAAGGAAAACCAUCAUCCUGGCGGAAUUUUGCCUCUGAAUAUUCGUUCGAACAGUUUAUACGAAUCUCACCAGAGCAGUCCUUCGCUGAGAAGGCGAUUAAAAGUCCUAGUCAGACAAAAAUCGGAACCGGAUAUGCUUGUCGGGAGGGAUCUUGGGUUAAACAGCCCCAGGAUGAGGAAGAUAAUCGCCCCAAGUCCUCCACCCGGAGAAUCGCCGCGGUCCCAAAGCGGAUCCGACUGUAACUCACCACGAAUUAUCCGCAAACCCAGAUCCUUUCACGGAUAUAGCAAUUCUCCGCGAACUGCCAAAUCGGCGGAAAACUCGCCGAUGCUCGUCCGGCGUGCCAUCUCGACGGGUCCCCAAUCUCCCAUCUCCAGUCAACUACCAGGGGGUGAGGCCGUUGAUGGAGUCCGACAAGUUCGGUCCUACUCCACUGGGUCCAGAUCGGAAGUACCACUCACUGUUAAGACCUCUGGUCCUGGAUCACCCUUCACCAAGAGACGGGAGGUGAACCUGAGGAAGUCAGCAUCGGGCAGCCGACUUGAUGCCGAUUUUUUACCAGCUGUCAACGGUUCUACGGAUGGGUGUGUCGCACAGGCAGUGUCUUCACAAGAGUCUCGAAGAUCAUUUCCCAGUGAUGAUGACACUCCCGGAUACAUCUCAAUGGAAACCGUCCAAGAUAUCCUCUACGAACAUGUAUCAACAGAGGACAGAUACAGUCACACCAGAGGUCCGCACUCUUCCCGCAAACACCAACAAACCCUUCAACCGCAACACGAUACACAACAACACCUGAAACAAGAAGGUUACCAUCAACACCAUCAUCACCACCACCACCAUCAUCCGCAGCAACCACCUCAGCCUCAUCCUCCUCAUCAAAUGCCGAAUGGCUGGGUCGAAAAGAGUGCCUUUGCAGACUGCAGCCCGCCCCCUACGAAUUCCCCUACAAGAGAGUUGGACAAUCAAGAGCACCCGGAAGCCAUGCGCGAAGCCUUCAAUAACAGUUACAGCAGCGGGAGCACAGAAAGGUCAAAGUACGAGGAACUGUCGAGCGAAGACAAACGUCAUGGUAAUAGUCUCUACGAUAUCGAAGAAGCACGCGAGCAGGUUGAUGAUGUCCCCGACAACGUCGAAGAGGCUGAUAACAAUAAAAGCGACUUGCAAACACCACCCGUAGCUGAAGGAAACGCGGAGGAAAGCAAGAUCGGUGAUGCCAAAGAAAAAGAACCGUCUGUGAAUGGACAAAAUGGCUAUGCCGACGUCGAUGGUGCCGGGGAAGAAGAGGAAGAUCCGGGAGAGAGCGGCAAUGAGGAGGAGGAGGAUGAAGACGACUUCAGCGAUGAUAGUUACGAGGAAAGUGUGCCGGAAUAUCAGAAAGCACCGCUCUCGACUAAACUAAGGAUUAAAAACUGGCUGGCCGGUUUAGAAAAUUCCAGUAAUGAGAGUUCUUCGCGUAUUGAUAGAUUCUUGCCAGAAAUCAUGUGACCUGUGUGUCCUCAUGUUUUAUAUUUUACUUAAAGGACAAGUCCACCCCAACGAAAUGUUGAUUUGAAUAAAAUGAGAAAAAUCCAAUA